AUGGCUGAAGGCGGAGGCAUCGAUCGCCGCGCCGAUGAGAAGAUGGAGUUCUCGACCUCCAAGGAGGUCACGGUCCAUCCCACCUUCGAGUCCAUGUCGCUGAAGGAGAACCUCCUUCGCGGCAUCUACGCCUACGGCUACGAGUCCCCCUCGGCCGUCCAGUCGCGCGCCAUUGUCCAGGUCUGCAAGGGACGUGAUACCAUCGCCCAGGCCCAGUCCGGAACGGGAAAGACGGCCACCUUUUCCAUUUCAAUGCUCCAGGUCAUCGAUACCGCUGUGCGCGAGACCCAAGCACUCGUCUUGUCGCCCACGCGAGAGCUGGCAACUCAGAUCCAGUCGGUAGUCAUGGCUUUGGGUGACUACAUGAAUGUGCAGUGCCACGCCUGCAUCGGUGGCACCAACGUGGGCGAAGACAUCCGGAAGCUUGACUAUGGCCAGCACAUUGUCUCUGGAACCCCGGGCCGUGUGGCCGACAUGAUUCGGCGCCGCCACUUACGCACUAGACACAUCAAGAUGCUCAUCCUAGAUGAGGCCGACGAACUUCUUAACCAGGGGUUCCGCGAGCAGAUCUACGAUGUGUACAGAUACCUCCCACCCGCGACCCAGGUUGUCGUCGUGUCGGCCACGCUCCCCUACGAUGUGCUCGACAUGACCACCAAGUUCAUGACUGAUCCCGUCCGUAUCCUCGUCAAGCGUGAUGAGCUGACUCUUGAGGGUCUCAAGCAGUACUUCAUCGCUGUGGAGAAGGAGGACUGGAAGUUCGACACUCUCUGCGACUUGUAUGACACACUCACCAUCACGCAGGCAGUCAUCUUCUGUAACACAAGACGCAAGGUCGACUGGUUGACCGACAAGAUGCGCGAGGCCAACUUCACGGUCAGCAGCAUGCACGGUGAUAUGCCUCAGAAGGAGCGCGACAGCAUUAUGCAGGACUUCAGACAGGGCAACAGUCGAGUCUUGAUCUCUACCGAUGUCUGGGCUCGCGGUAUCGAUGUCCAGCAAGUCAGUCUGGUCAUCAACUACGACUUGCCCAGCAACCGUGAGAACUAUAUCCACCGCAUCGGUCGUAGCGGUCGUUUUGGCCGCAAGGGUGUGGCCAUCAACUUCGUCACCAGCGAAGACGUACGCAUCCUGCGUGAUAUCGAGUGUAAGCAUCCUCCCCGCAAUCAUAGCGGACUGCUCUAA